AUGGCCCGAGCUGGCUGUCAAUGUAUCCGAAGGGUUACGGUUUGGCUCGGCCAUAGUACGGGCUGGUUUGUCAUACAUUGUGAUCUCAAAUAUGAAAAUAUACUUAUAAAGAGUUACAAAAGAUAUGCGGUGAAAUUAAUCGAUCGUGGAAGUAGUUACUUGUAUGUACAAUCUCGUUCUUAUAGAGCUCCUGAAGUGAUUCUCGGGCUUCCAUAUGGAAAAAUUGAUUUGUGGUCUUUUGGGUGUAUUUUAGCAGAGCUAUGCUCUGGUCAUGUUCUGUUUCCAAACAAAGCAGUAGCGAUGAUAUUGGUUCGGAUUGUUACGGUUUUAGGUCUUCUAGAAACAGAGAUGCUAGAGAAAGGUCAAGAGACACAUAAAUACUUCACUAAAGAGUAUGAUCUCUACCACUUAAAUGAGGAGAGCAAUAAGAUUGAAUACAUAAUCACAGAAGAAUUAUGCUUGGAAGAACAAUUACAUGUUAGUGAUGAAUUGUUCUUAGAUUUUGUAAAGAGUAUACUUGAGAUCAAUCCAUUGAUACGUCCAACAGCUCUCGAGGUACUUAACCACCCUUGGCUCUCUUCCUCUUCUUACAAUUCAUUACCAGCUGUUCUAGAUCAAAGCUUAAAACUAAACGUUGGACCUACGUACGUUGACCAUAAUGAGCAUUUUCAGAAGAGUCACCUAGAUUCCGAUUGUUAA